AUGUCAAGUUUAGACGAUAUAACCAAACAUUUACCGUCUUUGCAGUUUGAUUCAGCACUUCCAGGCGACGAGAGGUUGGAAGCGAUGCUUGUUAUUUUUUAACAUGUUAAAAUAUCGUUCAAACAUGUUGUAUUUUAUGUUUUAGGAGAGGUUUAAUUCGACUUCGUCAAAAAAAUUUAGCCGCUAUUUCAACAGCAUGUGCUCAGGCGUAAGUAUUUUGGGGACGUUUGAUUUUGAAAGUAGGCUUGGAGAUGAAGUGAUAGAAAAAAAUAGAAAAGCGAGGACUGAAGACUACGUGAUUUUGAUAAAUAUAUAACAAUAAUGUUAGUAACUUAAUGUUAAUAUGAAAUGUUAAAAAUAAAAUAAACGUUGGUGUUCACUGCUCAUUUAAUGAAUGUUAUUUAGGGUGUAUUUUGUGUCAACACUAACUGAAGUCAAUGAAUUAAUUUUGGAAAAAACUAGAGUGAGUAUAGGCUUGAAUCACUCAUGAAAUUCAUCUGGUGUAGCUCUGAACAAAUUCAUGCAGUAUCUAUAUAAUCUAUUGGUCUAUUAUAUUACGUGUAUUGAUUAAAUAUUGAUUGUGUUUUAUUUAUUGACAACCAGUCUUCCAGUAAGAGUUGUAUAACAUCGAGCUUCAGUGGUUUGAAAAUUGGGAUUGUUGGUUGUGGCAGGCUUGGAAAACAACUGGGAACAGUUCUACUAGAUUUAGGUCAGUUUAAUCAUUGUUGUAUCUUGUUGUGGUUUGUGUCUGAACUAGGUGAAAAUAACUGGGGCGUAUUGCGGCUCAAUGGGUUAAUAUUAUAUAUUGAUUUAUGCCAGAAAACUUUGGAUUUAUAGGGAUACAACAACUACCUGAAAAAUACAAGGAGAACAUUGACGUUUUGAGUGAAAGCCCUUCAUUUGGAUGUUAGUACUUUCAUUGUUAGUGCUGACAAUUUAGGCCUUCGCUUGAAAGUUCUCCUUGUAUUUUUCAGGUAGUUGUAUCCCUAUUAAUGCAAAGCUUUCUUAUUAUACUACAGUCGUGAUUCACUCAAUUUUGGUUACCGUCAGUCGUUAAAACCCCAAAAUUUUACUGACUGUUAAAAUACCAAAAUAUUUACUGUAGUACCUACACGUUCAAUGAUUUGUAAUAUUCAGGUGUUGUUAGUGCCAGCAACUUAUACAUUUCUACAAGAUGUCCAGAAAAUUUGGAAGAAUUUCAAAACAAAGGAGUUUAUUGCUGCUUUGAUAAUGUCAUGGUAAAGUUUUUUUAUAGGUUUUGAGAACUUUUUUCAGAAAUUAUUAAUUUCAUGGGCGGAUUUACUGGGGGGGGGGGGGUAAACCCCUCCUAGAAUAUCUCUAACCUCUCAAAUAGAGGGUUCAACCCCACCCAAAUUUUGCUUCACCCCUUCUAUUUUGUGUGAAAGGCUUCAACCCAAAUGCCUAACCCCUGCUGAAACUCACUGUGUGGUACCACUUGCACCCCACCCAAAAUUUUUCUACCCCUUUUUAAUAAAUGAAAAUCCGCCCUUGAUUAAUUUGCUCUCAAAAACCCUUUAACCUGUGUCUAUUACUUAACUAGGUGGGCAAAACUGUUGAUAUUCUCUUCUUAUGUUGCCUGCCAUCACAACUCAAUACAGUUUCAAAGGUAAUUAGUUUAUGAACGAUGGCCUUUCGUCUGGAAUUAGUAACUCUGUAAAUAUGGAUGGAAAGACAGGCAGUAAAUCCUAAGAAUUUUUAAGUAAUUUAAUUGAUCUAUUACCUAAUGAACAACAUUUUGAUCUAGAAAAGUCUAGACAAAAAUUUUAUCACGGCUUGAAAGUGCAUCACAAAAUUAGUAAUAUUCCGAAGUUUCGUUGCGAAAUGUUGUAAAAUACGGAUAAUAUAGCCAUGCGAAGUUUGCCGUUUUCAGUCAUUUUAUAUUACGCGCGGGAAAUUGAUAUACCUUUUUUCAGAAAGCGCGGUAUCAAUUUCCCGUGCGUAAUACAAAAUGACUAAAAAACGGCAAACUUCGCAGGCCUAUAUUAUCCGCAUUUUACAACAUUUCGCAACGAAACUUCGGAGUAUUACUAAUUUUGUGAUGCUCUUUCAAGCUGUGAUGAAAUGUUUGUCUAGAUUUGUCUAAAUCAAAAUUUUGUUCAUUAGGGAAUAGGUCCAUUGUCUUUCUUGAACUUUUUCUUUAAUAUCUGCAGGAUUUACGUGGUAAUGUUGCUGGUUUGGUGUAUUCGUUUGUUGCUGGUAUGUCAUUGGCAAGAAUAACUCAACUAUUGGACUACCAGAACAUUGUUAAACCAACUCUU